AUGUGGGCAGCCAGACUGGGCUCUUCCCGAGAUGGUCACUUGUCUUUACAACUGAAGAACAUCAGGCUGCGGCUUUCUGUGUUUGAUGACUGCCUUUCAUUAAAGCAGGGCUGCUCUGAAAUGCACAGCCCAAGAGCUGGGGGCUCUGGAAAGCUGGGAAAAGAGCUGACCCAGCUGGCCGUGGUUCAGCUCCACGGUCUGGCACCGAAGAAAGCAGCCGUCACCGAGGGACCAUCGCUACCAGGACAGCCUGGCCAAGGAAAGAAGAUAGGUCAUCGAGGCGUUGAUGCUUCUGGUGAAACCACCUACAAAAAGACCACCUCAUCCACCCUGAAGGGGGCCAUCCAGCUAGGGAUUGGAUAUACUGUCGGCAAUCUGAGCUCCAAGCCAGAGAGAGAUGUCCUGAUGCAGGACUUCUACGUGGUGGAGAGCAUUUUUUUCCCAAGCGAAGGCAGUAAUCUCACCCCGGCUCACCAUUAUGCUGACUUCAGGUUCAAGACCUAUGCACCAGUGGCUUUUCGGUACUUUCGAGAACUCUUUGGGAUUCGUCCAGAUGAUUAUUUGUAUUCAUUAUGUAAUGAGCCUCUGAUAGAGCUGUCGAACCCUGGUGCCAGCGGCUCCCUCUUCUAUGUCACCAGCGACGAUGAAUUCAUCAUAAAAACUGUGAUGCACAAGGAAGCUGAAUUCCUACAGAAGCUCCUUCCUGGCUACUACAUGAAUCUGAACCAGAACCCACGGACACUGCUGCCGAAGUUUUAUGGACUGUACUGUGUGCAAUCAGGGGGCAAAAACAUCCGCGUGGUCGUGAUGAACAACAUUCUGCCUCGCGUGGUGAAAAUGCACCUGAAAUUUGACCUGAAAGGCUCAACCUAUAAACGCCGGGCAUCCAAGAAGGAAAAAGAAAAGUCCAGCCCUACGUACAAGGAUCUAGACUUCAUGCAAGACAUGCCCGAGGGCCUGAUGUUGGAUGCAGAUACCUUCAGUGCAUUGGUGAAAACGUUGCAACGAGACUGUCUGGUGUUGGAAAGCUUUAAAAUCAUGGACUACAGCCUCCUGCUUGGGGUUCAUAACAUAGACCAGCAGGAACGGGAGCGACAGUCUGAGGGAGCCCACAGCACGUCGGAUGAGAAGCGUCCCGUGGGGCAGAAGGCACUUUACUCCACGGCCAUGGAGUCCAUCCAGGGUGGGGCUGCCCGGGGGGAGUCCAUAGACACAGAUGACACGAUGGGAGGAAUCCCAGCAGUGAAUGGCAAAGGAGAGCGUCUCCUGCUACAUGUAGGAAUAAUAGAUAUCCUUCAAUCAUACAGGUUCAUCAAGAAGCUAGAACAUACCUGGAAGGCCCUUGUCCAUGACGGGGACACGGUGUCAGUACACAGACCCAGCUUUUAUGCAGAGAGAUUCUUCAAAUUCAUGACCAACACAGUGUUUCGAAAGAAUUCCUCUCUGAAGUCAUCUCCCUCAAAGAAAGGGCGUAGUGCCUUGCUAGCUGUCAAGACGGCUGGUCCAACAGCUGCAUUUUCAGCUAGCCAGCUUCCCUCUGAAAAGGAUGAAACACAGUAUGAUCUUCGUGCAGCCAGGAGUUACCCCACACUUGAUGAUGAAGGCAGGCCAGACCUGCUACCCUGCACACCUCCUUCCUUUGAAGAAGCUACCACGGCCUCCAUAGCCACAACACUAUCUUCAACAUCUCUCUCUGUUCCCGAGCGAUCCCCUUCGGAAACAUCUGAGCAGCCCAGGUACAGGAGGCGCACACACUCCUCAGGGCAGGACGGCAGGUCACACGAGGAGGUGCGCGUUGAGGAGGAGCUUCAGCAGAUCAGUGUUGAGCUGGAGCCCAAGUGUGAUGUUGAGAUCAUAGCUCCUGAAGAAGAUGACAAAGAAGAGGCGGCUUCUUCAGCCUGUGCCAUUGUAACGUCCACAGCUACGAUAGAGGUGGAGACAGCCAGCCAGGCCUCCGAACCAGCCAGCCAGGCCUCGGAUGAAGAUGACGUGCCAGUCACAGACAUAUACUUUCCGACAGACGAGAGGAGUUGGGUUUACUCCCCGCUCCACUAUAGCGCUCAACUCCACUCUGUCUCCGAUGAGGAGAGCGAUACAUAAUCUCUAUGCAGACACAGAAGCCCCAGAGAGCAGCGAUUCCCUCUGCAGGUCGAUGUGUUCCCUUUUCGUUGAUGCAGCCGUUCCAGUGGGAUGGGGAAGAGCUUGCUGACACCAGUAUCGCUGCACUGCAGGAUCCCGGGCACUGCAUUUCAGAACGGAGCAAAACUAUAACCGUGUAUUUCUACUUAUCCCAGACAUGGGCAGCAAAGAAGCCACCCACUCACCCGCAGCUCCCAACAGAGACAUCCAGCUGGGUGUAGAGUAUCCUGGGUAGUAACACAGUGUUUUCCAGACGUGCACUACCGUAGCUACCUAUCCAUGUGUGAUACUGUGAACCUUUUUAAUUUUUUAAUCAUGUAUUUAUUUCUUUUAUCUUUGCACAGAGACAGCACAAAUGUGCUUUUUUAAACAUUUAGUUUACUGCACUUUUUUUUUUGGUCAUAUAUUUGUGCAUCAGAAAGGAGUGUGAGACCUCACUGGAGAAUUGGUAGGAGCACGUUGCUGGGGAGGGCAGGGACCGGAGUGGCUUCAUUUGAGGCAGCAGCGUGGUCUAACCAACUGAUGGAGGCAGGAGGUUUAAGGCUGUCCACACUCUGCCACGGUUUUGCCGAGUGACCUAAGGCAAGUCACUUAACCACUCUGUGCCUCGGUUUCCCCCGUGCUAAUGGGUGUACAGUACCCACUUCCGUUAAAGCACUUAAACCCUGGGAUGAAAGGUGCUAUGUAAAUGCAAUGUAUUAAAGGCCAUUGAAUAGAAUUGCUCCUAUGUUACAGUAGUCCAAAGUAGCCAUGCCAAUUUACUUGGAUUCAAAAAUCGCUAGUGACUUCUCUUGAUCUGUAACACUGUGCGGGGGAAGCAAGUGAUUCCUGGCGACAGUGACGUGGUCACCUCGGCUCUCCUCCGGACGUCACGAUGGGUUCUGCCUUCACCAUGUGCUGCACUGCUGCAUCACCCUGUCCCUCCAUGCUUGGAGUCCACGCUUCGUCUCACCGGCUGCCGCACCACCGUCUGCUCCAGACACAGGCACGGACAGAUGAGAACUGUGCGCCUGCAGGGACCAGCCGUGCUGGAGUGCGAGUUCCCCGGUCUGCCCGGCCCCAGGUGUGACUUGUCUGGACACUGCAUCCUACUGGAGCCACUUAGCACCUCGCAUGCUCAUGGGUGUAUCCAACUGCCCAGUACUCGGGGAUCACGAACAUUGGGUUUUCGUAUCCUCUGUACCUCAGGGCAGUCAGGGAGGCGCGUGCACGUCCACACACACUGGAGGCAGAAACAGAAGCCUGGCUCUGCCACCUAAUUGCACCAGGCGGUGUUGUGUUCACGGACUCUGUUGGACAAAAAGCUGGGUGACUGGGGUGUUGCCUGUGGUAACAUCUGCUAUUGGAAAUUGCUGCUUCAGAUGUCUGAGAUGGUUUGCUUUUUGAGGGCUGCAGGCUUUAGGUGAGAGGAUCUGGUGUCACUGGGUAGUGUUCAGACUAGGCUCAUCCAUCUGUCAGCAGGACACAACCAUAGCAUUGUCUUGAACUAGCAAUCCCAUCCUCGUCUCCCAGAGAGAAGGAAGUCCUUUAGACCAGAGGGAGCCAGGUCUUAUUCAUGUGCUUUGAGUCUCACUUGAGAAAGAGGGUCAAAAUCUCUUUAUUCUCAUUACAAUCUUCAGACUGUCCUUGGGAUUCCUUGUAGAGGAGUGGGGAAGUGGGACCCUUCUCUUGGGGCUCAGUCCCCCCCACUCUGUCUCCACAGCAGCACUCAGUAUGGGUUAAUUCAGGUCCCAGAAGGUAACUGGGCUGGUGGGAAGCUCUUCCCAUCUGCGAUGUGCUGAACUUGGUGAGGAUCUUCAUGAAUUGAUGUUUUCUUGCCUAGAAGUAUGGGACCCAGACUUUUCCACCUUGCCUGCAGAUGCUGAAGGCUGUAAGGCGUGCUCCUCAAGAGCACACGCUAGAAGUCUUGCAAGCUACUGCCAUCAGAUGUAUUCAUGUAUUUACCAAAUAAUCUAUCAAAAGUCUUUUGAGAAACUCUCCCCUUUCAGUUGCUAGUUGACAGCUCGUUCACCUAGCUAGCAGCAUUGCUCUGUGACGGCCCCUGCAGUAGGCUGGGAAAGGGCUCCUAACCCACCCCAUCUGCUUGUCCCAGUCCCACCUGGGCUCCGCAGGCUGCGUGGGCAGUGCUACAGGGGGCUCAGCAGUUUGCUGGAGGGGAGACGGGAGGAGUGCAAUACCUACAGACUAACCUGCCUCUGGGCUGAAAGCAAGAGGUUUCAAAAUGCUAAAAAUUUCAGCCUUUGGGGUUUUUCCUCCAGAAGCGUGAUACUAUGCGUAGAGAGGCCAGAGGGAGCCA